UAUCUAAGGCCAAGAUCAUCGGCAACACGGAAAUGUACAUUCGGAGCGGGAGUGACAUUAACCUGACGUGCGUUGUGCUGGAAACGCCAGAUCCACCCAGUUUCAUCUACUGGUACCGGGACAGGGAUGUCAUCAACUAUUCAGGCCGCGGUGGCAUCAGUGUGGUGACCGAGAAACAGACACGRACCAGCAGGCUACUGAUAUCCAAGGCCCAACCACCCGACACUGGCAACUACACGUGCGCUCCGUCUGCCUCGGACUCGGCUAGCGUCACCGUUC